AACAAAUUAACCAGUAUAGUACUGUACCCGGUGCGGAUGAAGACUACCAACUGAUGUACAGUACAUUGUGGUUAUUUACACCUGGCCUUGGCUCACUGAAUUAGGCACCCAUCAUCAAGCAUGCAUAAGAUACCCUCAACCACGCUUGAUCGACUGUCACAAGCUUGAUCAUUCUACUAAGCUUCAAAACUCCGAGUUCCCCUCUCGAGAAUCUACGUUUCAUGCUUUCGUGCACACAAUGAUGGAACAAAUCUGUUCAGUAUCAGACCCCAACCUUGGAUCCCUCGAUGCAGACUCUCUUGAUCUUGACAUAGACUCCCUGGACCUUACACCUCUCGAAAGACCCACAAAGAUUGCAAUCAUAGGAGGCGGCAUCGCCGGCGUAUCUAUAGCCUACGAGCUACGCAACCGGGGAUCAGCCACAUGGUGCCCCGAAGCGACCCUCUUUGAGCGCGAUGACCGCCUGGGCGGUCGGAUCCACAGCGUGUUCAAAUACAACGAGGGUCGCGAGGUGGUCGAAGCGGGUGCUGCGUCUUUCUGGUGGGAAGACUGGCGUCUCCGACGUCUCUUCCAGGAAGCAGGGGUCGAACUCGUGGCUCCCCACGGUCGGAAAAUCCGGGAUGAGCCACAGAGCCGCAGCGUCGGGAUCUUCGAUGGACGAGCUAUUGUCGCGUCCAAAUUGUCGGGUCCGGAGACGUCGACGCACUUUGCGAAACUGGUCUGGCGGCAUCGUUGGUUAGGCUGGUUCUGGCUGCACUUAUGCAUUCAGUUUGUGUCGAUCGCGCGGGAAAAUAGGUACUGGAGAGACUGGCGGCAGAUAUUCAGCCAUGCAGCGGAUAAAGCUGCGGCGGCCGUGAAUCCAUACGAGGAUGAGGUGACCAGGUUUGCAGCCAAGUACGGCCUUUCUUCCAGACCCCAGGUGUCAGCGGAAGGCGGGAACGAGCGCGCGGUGCGCCGACUCGCGCUGUUGUCGCAGGCCACCGUCCAUCUCCGGUCCACCGUCACCGAUAUCAAUGUCCUCGACGAGCGGGAUUUCGAUAUCUCCUGGACAAGGGCCACCGAUAAGGGCACCGAAGAGAGGCACACAGCGCACUUCGAUGCGGUGAUCAUCGUCGCCCCCUUCUCCCAGACCGGGACCGCCAUCAGCCCACCGCACCUCCAACCAGCGGAGUCCGCCUCUGUCGAGUACACCCCGCUCCACGUCACGCACUUCAUCUCUCGCUACCAUAUCGACCCCGCUGCCUUCAAACUCAGCGCAACAGAACCCAUUCCAGACGAAAUCUGGAACCUCAACUCCAAUGCCAACGCACAGCCCACUCACGACCAAGACCAACAGCCACUAUCAGGACCACCCCCCUUCCUCACACUCACGCACGCCCCCUCCUUCUGGAUAGCCGGCUGCUGCGGCGACACCGAGAACCUCUACCGCAUCACCUCCACCCAGCCCUUCACCGACGCCGACAUCGCCAGACUCUGCCUCCCCGCCUUCCCGGAAACGGUCACCUUUCCGCAUCAGAGCCGCUACAUCCCGUCGUUCGACGCGCACGCGGAGCUUAAUCAACCGAAUCCACGCUUCCGAGGUGUCCGCGUCUUCGAUGGCGGCCGCGUGCACGACGAGGGGUGGUAUCUCCGGCACCGGGGUUGUACGCCGGCGCCGCGGGUCAGGUGGGUGCAUCGGCAGGUGUGGGAGAAUGGGGUGCCGGUCGUGCGGAGGGGGGGAAAGGCGCGUGGUGGUGGUGGUGACUGGGCGGAGGUGAGGGCUCGCGAGAGGGCGGCGAUGCGGUUGAUUGCGGGGUUGUUUUAUGUGUCCGGGUUCGAGGCGAGCAAGGGGGCGAGUUUGGCGGGGAGUGUGUGGGCUGGGAAGGAGGUGGUGGAUUUGCUGUGUUGUCGGUGUGGUCGGUGUUGA